ACCGUCUGUCUUGGAGUGGGUCACGUGGUUUCCACCAAGUUUCCGUGUUUACAAAGCUCGGGCUGUUGUGGCUUGUCGGUAUUGAGUUUCUGAAGAGGAUGCUGUGCGGUCAUGGCGUUUUUUCUGGCGCAGGAACGAACUAAAGAAAGGUUUUCCCUCUUGCUGCUGGAUUUGGAGGAAUAUUAUUUUGAACAGCACACCGCGUACCAUGUGACAAGCACUUUAAAAAAGCAGAGCUUUUUUCUUUCCAGAAAAAUCAGAGGUUCAUUCAAGAUUUGUUCCAAAUCGAUCAUCUUUGAUCCAGAGGAGCUUGCAGAACCAAUUAUAAAGAUUCCUCUGCGAGAUUGCAAGAAGAUUGAGUUUGUGGAGGAAGAGAAGAACUCUUUUAACAAACCCGGACAAUCAGCCAUAUCUAUUCUCUGCAAGCAGGUGAUAUACAUCAAAGAAAGCAACGUUAUUGCGCCUUACAGAAAUGAAAGGGAAGAAAAGACGCUGACCUUUCAGUUAGAAUUCUGCAGUAAAACAGAGGAUGUUGUCCAGACGUUACUUCAGCUCCACAGGGCCUCCUGUCUGGAAAAACUUGGAGACCAGACUGCAAUGAUUGCUGCCAAUCUACAAUCCCGAAUGGCGAGGUCAUCGUUUGACAAAAACUGCUUUCAGAGUGUUGCUGAAAACCCUCACAUGGAGUGUGCAGUGGAGAUGGUCAUGCCUCUGGUGUGCAAUCCAGGCCAUGUCUGCGUAACAGAUAAAAACCUCUACUUCCAGCCUCUCAAUGGAUAUCCGGAAAAUGUGAUUCAGAUAAAGCUGCACAACGUCAGGAGAAUCUACAAAAGACGGCUUGGUCUUAGACCCCUGGGUCUGGAGGUAUUCUGUUCUGAGAAUGACUUCUGUUCAGACAUAUACCUGAAGUUUUACAGCACGACCGACAGAGAUGAAGUCUACUACUACAUCGCAACUUUCCUGGAAAACCACGCGAUAGAGCACACAGCAGAGAGCUACAUGUUGCAGUGGCAGCGUGGUCAUCUCAGCAACUACCAGUAUCUCCUCCACCUCAACAACCUGGCUGACCGCAGCUGCAACGACCUCUCGCAGUACCCAGUCUUCCCCUGGGUCAUCGCUGACUACACCAGCCCGCGGUUAGACAUGACAAAUGCUGCCACAUUCAGAGACUUGAGCAAACCUGUGGGAGCCCUGAACAAAGAGCGACUGGACAGGCUCCUGGCUCGAUACAGAGGCAUGCCCGAACCUAGCUUCAUGUACGGCAGCCAUUACUCAUCUCCAGGCUACGUCCUUUUUUACCUGGUCAGAGUUGCUCCAGAGCACAUGCUGUGUCUCCAGAAUGGCCGCUAUGACCACGCUGACCGAAUGUUCAAUAGCAUAGGUGAGACGUGGAAAAACUGCUUGGAGGGAGCUACUGACUUCAAGGAGUUGAUCCCAGAGUUUUAUGGGACAGACCCCAGCUUCCUGGAAAACAGACUGAGUCUGGAUUUGGGCAGACGGCAGAACGGAAGUUUAGUUGGUGAUGUCGUUCUUCCGCCGUGGGCCACAGAUUCCAGUGAUUUUCUUCAAAAGCACAAAGCCGCCCUGGAGAGUCAGUAUGUGUCAGAACACCUUCAUGAGUGGAUUGACUUGGUGUUUGGCUUCAAGCAGAGGGGCAGUGAAGCUGUGGCGGCUCACAACGUGUUUCACCCACUGACCUAUGAGGGCGGGAUCGACUGUGACAGCAUUGAGGACACCGAUCAGAGAAUCGCCAUGCUGACACAGAUCCUGGAGUUUGGCCAGACGCCCAAACAGCUGUUCACCAGCCCUCACCCUCAGAGGAUCACCCCGAGGUUUCAGAACAUUACGCGAAGCUCGAGCAUCAACUCACCCGACGCUGAGCUAUCUCCAGCCUCUCAGGGCGAGGACUCGUCUUUCGAAGAUCUCACCGAGGAGAGCAGGAGGUUGGCCUGGGCAAACAUGGAAAGUCUGAAGCCCGUUUCCAGCCACAAGAUCCAUAAAGAAGCUGUGACAGGCAUUGCUGUGUCUCGAGGUGGAUCGGCUGUUUUCUCCACAUCUAAAGACUCGACACUUAAAAUGUUUUCCAAAGAGCUGAAGGAGUUCCAGAGAAGCAUGUCGUUCUCUAACAUGGCCUUGUCAUCGUGUUUGAUACUGGCGGACAGUAAAACGGUGGUGUGCUCUUCGUGGGACAACAAUGUGUAUUUCUACUCCGUCCCGUAUGGCAGGCGGCAGGAUACGCUGAUGGGUCACGAUGACGCUGUCAGUAAAAUGUGCUGGUUUGAGGACAAACUCUACACAGCAUCCUGGGAUUCCACUGUUAAGGUGUGGGAAUGCAACUCUGACAGCUUUUCCACUCACAAGAGAUCCCAGUUUAAUUUGCUGGGUGAGUUGGAACAUGAUGCUGGGGUGAACACGGUCAGUCUGAACCCAGCUGGGACUUUGCUGGUGUCUGGAUGUAAAGAUGGGGCUGUCACCAUCUGGGACACCAGCAGCCAAAGGACUCUGCAGCAGAUCCACUGCCACAGUGGGACCAUCCACCAGACGGACUUCAGUCCUGAUAGCCGACACGUUCUCAGCGUUGGAGCCGACUCCUGCAUGAAGGUUAUCGACGUCCAGACGGGAAUGGUGAUCUCCUCUGUGAAAGCUGAAGAGGAGCAGAGGUGUUUCUGCUGGGAUGGAAACUGGGUGCUGUGUGGGGGCCAGUCUGGUGACCUCCUCCUGUGGGACCUUCUUACCAACACAGUUACCAAGAGGAUCCCUGCACACUCAGGUGCUGUCACAGCCAUGUGGAUGAGUGAGCUGUGCACCACAGUGAUCACAGGUGGGGAGGACCGACAGAUGAUCUUCUGGAAGCUCCAGAGUUAAAGUUCCGUCUCUGUUGGGGAGAUAAAGUCUCCCAGUGCAAUAUCCUGGACAACACAGGCCAAGUAUCCUGCUGACUGCCUUUGAAAGAGACUCACAAAGGACUUGAGACAUGCUGAAAACAUACUCUAAAUGUGCAGCAUCUCAGAGGAGUUGGCUCUGAACUGUUUUUAAUCCAAAACCAAGCAACAGGCCACACGCGGUCGUCUUAGUUUUCAUUGAUGUCUGCAUCUUGGGAGAAAAUGUCUACUUACAGUUUCGUGCAUGAGAGACGGAAGCAGAAGUGUACGUGCCUGAUUUUUCACUUCAGUUUUUAGCCUGUUAUGCAUACAUACAUGUGGACUUUGCCUAAAUUUAUUAACUGUUAAACAUCACGUAGCUAAUCUCUUCCUAACCUCCCUCCACAGCUCCGUAAAGGAUAAAGCAGGUGUAGUUGGUGGAUGGAUUGUACCUUGUUUUUAAAUACGCAAUCAUGUUUCAGUAGCUUUAUGUGAAUUUUAAUUUUGCAGUGGAUUUACAGUGUCUGUCAGCUUUAUGGUGCUCAGGUUUUAUUAAUAAAUCAUGGUUGCCUCUAAAA